ACACAUUUUUUGUCUCUGUAGCAAUAUUUGCCAUCAAGUUUGAGACUUUCAUGGUCAUAGUUAGUCUCGAAAGACAAGUGAUGUUGUAGGCGUUCUUGGCCUGUGUGUGAUUUGUGGUUGGACAUUCCGACCACUACAUUUCCGAGAAGUAAGUGAAGAAGAAGAGGAAGAGGCAGAAGACAGCAUUGAGAUGAAGAAACCCAAAGAAGCUACCAUCGAGGAAAACGCCGCUCUUCUCACAACUGGAAAUAGCCUUACUGUGCCAAAACUUCCUCGUGAAGCGAAAUCCUUGGAAGACAUCAGCUGUUCUGAGGAAGAGCGAGAAGAGGAGGAGGAUUUCGGCACAUAUAGUGGGCCUGUUAGACAGAAGGUGUCGACCGUGACUAGUGUGCUAGAAUAUAUGGUUCUAGCUCGAGAUAGUUUUCUUAUGUCAUCUCCACCGAGUGCCUGGAGAAAGCGAAGCGAUACAGUGGGGGAGAGACAUGCUGGCUAUAUCAACAGAAAGGAUGUGUUCUACACUGGGUCGAUUACAAACGUUGCCGAAUUUAAGGAACAUCCUCACAAGUACAGGUCAACUGGAUCUUUGCAACGACGCCCGCUUAGUGGGACUUUAUCGGUCUCAGUGGAAAAAUUACGAGAAGUCAGGGAAACUAGCGAGGAGGUUUCGGAAGAUACCACCACCGACAAUGUGGAGGGCUCCCAUAUGUUCAAGACGAUAUCGAGGAUGUUGUCACUGUCUCUUCUCAUCGAUCCCACCUUCCUUAUUUUCGCUAUUUCUAAUCUCCUGACCUCGGUUGGAUUCAACUCGCCAUUAUAUUUCUUGCCGCUUCACGCUAUGAAAGGUGUCGGACUCGAUUCAGCCAGCUCGUCACGAGUGUUGUCCGUUUUCGGAUUGUGUAACACACUUGGUCGAGUCGUGUUUGGAGUUGUGGCAGAUCACCGACUGCCACUUCCGUAUGGUCUCGGAGAAGACACUGCCAGGAAUCGUCUCUGGAUGUACAACAUAUCAUUUUUCGUUUCACUUUCUGUUUAUGCUGGAUUGUUCGGCUUUUCCAUAUCAUCAUAUAUUUGUCUAACAAGUGUUAUCCUUGUCGAUUUACUCGGUUUGGACAAACUUACAAACGCUUUUGGACUUCUUUUGCUAUGGCAGGGUGUGGGAACCGUUUUUGGACCUCCCAUCUCUGGAUAUCUUGCUGACAUCACUCACUCUUAUGUAUGGUCGUUUGUGUUCUGUGGUGCCAACCUCUUGGUGAGUUCCUUUGAGUUCUUUUAG